GAACAGCAAACUAAAUUCACUUAAAUUAAGUGAAGUGUUUUUUAAAAUCAUUGCAAGUGGUUCGAGUUCACCCUCGUAUAUGUUACCUUCAUCAUUAAUAUGGCGCACUGGUCAAAAAUGCAUACUCUAGGCUCUUUAGUGUUGUCUUAAUUUGAAGAGUCGGACGGAUGUCUUGCCAUCUCAUGUUUGCUAACUUGACAGUAUUUUGCACAGUGUGUUGAGAGUGGCCGUUUGACUCGAGGAAGUUUCUGUGCAGUGGCUGUGAGCAAUGGCGGACCGGGAAGAGCGCCGCUUCGCCGAGAUUUCCCGAGAGUCUGUCAAAUUCAUGGCCGAGAGUACGGGCGUGGAGCUGGGCGACGAUGUGGCCGCUCUGCUGGCUGAGGACGUGUGUUACCGGCUCAGGGAGGCAACGCAGAGCAGCUCACAGUUUAUGAGACAUGCCAAGAGAAGGAAGCUGACGGUGGAGGACUUCAACAGAGCUCUGCACUGGAGCAAUGUGGAGGCCAUUUGUGGCUACGGUGCCCAGGAUGCUCUGCCUUUCCGUUCGGUGAAAGAAGGAGAGCUGUUCUUCAUCGAAGAUCGUGACAUCAACCUGGUGGAGUUGGCUCUGGCCACCAACAUUCCCAAAGGCUGUGCCGAGACCAUGGUACGAGUGAAUGUUUCAUACUUGGAUGGGAAAGGAAAUCUGGAGCCUCAAGGGACUGUUCCCACUGCGGUGCAGUCCCUGUCAGACGACCUGUUGAAGUACUACCAGCAGAUUACACGGGCCAUCCUGGGAGAGGACCCCCACCUCAUGAAGGUGGCUCUGCUGGACCUUCAGUCCAACUCCAAGAUCGCUGCCCUGCUCCCUUAUUUUGUCUAUGUCAUCAGUGGGGUGAAGUCCGUAAGCCACGACCUAGAGCAGCUCAACAGGCUCCUCCACAUGGUGAAAAGCCUGGUCCAGAACCCCUACCUUUACCUGGGCUCUUACGUCCGGAGCCUGGUCUCCAGCGUCAUGUACUGCAUCCUGGAGCCUCUAGCUGCUUCCAUCAACCCGCUCAACGACCACUGGACCCUCAGGGACUAUGCUGCCCUGCUGCUCAGCCACAUCUUCUGGACUCACGGCGAUCUGGUCAGCGGCCUCUACCAUCAGAUCCUGCUGUCGCUCCAAAAGGUCCUAUCCGACCCGGUGAGACCACUCUGCUCUCACUACGGAGCCGUGGUGGGGCUUCAUGCUCUGGGAUGGAAAGCUGUUGAGAGGGUUCUCUUCCCGCACCUUCCUGCGUACUGGGCCAACCUUCAGGCCGUGUUAGAUGACUACUCUGUUUCCAAUGCUCAGGUCAAAGCAGAUGGACAUAAGGUCUAUGGAGCCAUUCUGGUGGCAGUAGAGCGCCUCCUGAAGAUGAAGGCUCUGUCCCUGUCUCAGCCAGCAGAGGGAGGCUCCAGCGGUCAGACGGGCUCAGCGGUGGGUGCUAUGGGUUACAGAGUGAGCUCCCCCGGCCUCAGCCCCCCUCCAGAGCCCCUGUCAGAGGCCACCUUAGGUAUUGCCAGCCACCUCCAGGCAGGAGGGGCAGGCUGUCCCUGGGAGGAGUGGACCCCAGUCCCCCUCCCUGCUAUGUACAGCGAGCUCUACUCCUUUUUCGGAGACAGCCUGGCCGUCAGGUUCAGCACCGGACCAGGGUUCGGCAGCUACCCUCCCUGUACCCUGUCCCAGCCCAGCGACUCCAGGAAGGAACCUCCCGGCCCCGCCACCAACCCUGACACCACCCGUAAGAUGCCGCAGCUUACCGCCAACCUCAACAUCAGCCCCAGGCAUGAUGGGAGUCCCCGUACCGAUCCGCCCCCGCCCAGCCUGGCUGCUACCGGAUCAGGAAGGUCCCUGACUCGCUCCUCUUCCUCCUCCUCCUCCUCCGUACAGCGCUCCAGAUCUUCCUCAUCACGUUCGGGUCAGCGGUCGACGGGUCCUCCUCGUGAUGUUUUCCCCAAAGCUCGAUUCACCUCUGCCCAGACCGGACCUCCGGUGUUCUCCUUUCUCAUUGGCGGGCGGCAAAUGGGCCGCCGCUGUCAAGGCCGCCGCCCCUUCCAGACCACAUUUGCCCCAACCCCACCUCUCUCUGCCAUCCCACCACGUGCAUACGCCCACAAACUGCCCGUCAUCGGCAGGGUGGGCAAACCCGUACGCCGCUGGGCGUGUUCCCAUUACUCUCUUCAGCUGCCUCUGUAGAGGAGAGGUUUCCCGGGCAACAGAAAUGGACUUCAGACUUUUUGCAUUGCUGGAAACCUUAAAAGACUCAUAUUAACAUUUCUCAUCUUGAAGCCAUCAGAAGCGUUUGACCGAUUCUACAGUCACACAAGAAAAAAACCCCUACACAAAGGAGUUUUAUUGUGAAGUGACUGUACACACAUGCUGACUGAUGACUGACUGAUGAUGGGACAGCAUUUAGUCCUGCCAAGUAUUUGGAAAAAAAAAAAGUUUGUAAAGUUGUUUUCAUAGAAUAAAAAUA